AUGUCGGAACCAACUAAUACUGAAAUUUUAUCAUUGAUUGGUGAUUUAAUCCCACGACCAUUCGAUGUUCAGUAUCCAUUGGCGUCAUUUAUUGAUGGUCGUAAUCUCCAUGAAUUAGGUCAACUAGAAUCAGAAGGAUGUGUGUGUGAACUUGAUCAUUCUAAUCUUGGUAAAUCUCCAUUUUCAUGUGAUUAUUCACAAGGAAAUCUCAAAAUACGAGGUUUACAUCUGAGCAAUAAUUGCAAUGCUUCUCAUCCUAUGGAAUAA